AUCCGUGGCGUAUCCACGUAUCCCCGAUUAAAUGGGCCGAAAACUUCGGAUCGGAAACGUUUCCGCGCCUGGAUUCGGCCCAGCCGGCCCAACAUCACAGCACAUCCCACCUCCUGCCCUACUCCCGUGACCCGUCGGGCGUCGGCUCUCCCACGCGCAGCCGCCUCACGCAGCGCAUCGCCGCAUCCUCCCGCUCGACCUGACGGCUGACGCAGCGCCUCCGCCUCUCGUCGGCCGCCGUCCUCUAGCCGCCGUCCGUGAGGCCGCCUCCUGCCAGCCGCCGUCCGCCUCCCGCGGCCACGGGCCGCGAGGCCGCCUCCCGCCGGCCGCAGGCUGCCUCCCGUCGGCCUCCGUCCGCCCGUGAUUACUCCCGUCGGCCUCCGGCGUAAGGAGCCCCAGCCCCUGUUCAGGCAGGAUCUCCGUUCACCUUCCUCCGUGCCGGCCGUCGGUUCAGAUGAACACGGAUCCAGGUGAGAAGAGGCCAUUUGGCGAUCUGGACGACGAUGACGAUGACGUCUUUGCUUCCAAGAAGGCAAAGACAAAGGUUGAGGAAAGUGCUCCAGGAGCUGCGACGGGAAUGAUUCUGUCUCUUCGUGAAAGUUUGCAGGACUGUAAACAUAGCCUUGCAUCCUGCCAGGUGGAACUGGAAGCUGCUAAAUCAGAAAUCGAGAAGUGGCAUUCAGCAUUUCAGAAAAUUCCAGCUGUACCUUCUGGAGCUAAUCCAGAUCCUGUUUCAGUGGUUUCAUACCUCAGUAACCUGAAGUCAUCGGAGGAGUCAUUGAGGGAGCAGCUGGAGAAAGCAAAGAAAAGGGAGGCAGCUUUUAUCGUAACAUUUGCUAAACGAGAGCAGGAGAUUGCAGAACUGAAGUCCGCGGUUAGAGAUUUAAAAACUCAAUUAAGGCCACCAUCAAUGCAGACAAGGAGAUUAUUGCUUGAUCCAGCAAUUCAUGAAGAAUUUACACGCUUAAAGAAUCUUGUGGAGGAGAAAGAGAAAAAAAUCAAGGAGCUUCAGGACAAUGUUGCUGCUGUCAAUUUUACUCCAUCAAGCAAACUUGGAAAAAUGCUAAUGGCUAAAUGUAGAACUUUGCAAGAAGAAAAUGAAGAGAUUGGGGCCAUGGCAUCAGAAGGAAAAAUCCAUGAGCUUGGAAUGAAAAUUGCGGUUCUGAAGUCUCAGAACAAUGAGCUCAGGAAUCAAUUUGAUGUUUUGUAUAAACACAUGGAUGGUGUAACAAAUGACGUAGAGAGAUCAAAUGAAAUGGUGUCCAUUCUGCAAGAGGAGUUGGAAGCCAAGGAUCUAGAGCUUGCAAGAUUGAAGGAGAUGCUUUCCCAGAAAGAAGCUAGUCACGAUGAAGCGGUUGAGGAGAGAGACGAAGCUGCAAAUGAUAUGAAUACAGCUUCAGAUCCAAUGCAUGUGAAAGUGGAAAGUUGAGGCAGUUUCCGGUUGGGCUGGCAACUAGGUGCAGUGGGUUGUCCUGAGAAAUCUAUAUGUAUACUAUGCAGACUUCAAGUGACUGUAUUUCCUGGGAUGCUGAUGUACCAAAAGUACUGGUAUAUCACGCUGUGUAUGCAACAGACCCUGCUUAUUUCUGAGCCUUGGUGGCUAGUGCUUGUUUAAUUUUGAUGGGCACUGUUGCUGAAGCUUAACUAGAACUGUCGCAUAA